AUGGAACGAGCCUGUUGGUCAGAGUCUCUGUGGCUGAAGGAGGACAUGUCAGUCACCUUCGGGUACCCCAAGUUGGCAGCUCUGAACCCUGAAUCCAACACGGCUGGGCUGGACAUAUUUGCCAAAUUUUCUGCUUACAUCAAGAAUUCCAACCCAGCUCUCAAUGACAAUCUGGAGAAGGGGCUCCUGAAAGCCCUGAAAGUUUUAGACAAUUACUUGACAUCCCCCCUCCCCGAAGAAGUGGAUGAGACCAGUGCUGAGGAUGAGGGUAUCUCUCAGAGGAAGUUUCUGGAUGGCAAUGAGCUCACUCUGGCUGACUGCAACCUGUUGCCAAAGCUCCACAUAGUGCAGGUGGUAUGUAAGAAGUACAGGGGAUUCUCCAUCCCAGAGGUGUUCCGCGGAGUGCAUCGAUACUUGCGCAAUGCCUAUGCUCGGGAAGAGUUUGCCUCCACCUGUCCAGAUGACGAGGAGAUCGAGCUGGCUUAUGAGCAAGUGGCCAAGGCCCUCAAAUAAGCCCCUCCUGGGGCUCUGUGCCCCCCCUCUAUUUUCUCCACAAAGGCACCAGGUGGUUUCCACGUGGCUACCCAAUGGACACACUCCAAAAUGGCCAGUGGGCAGAGAAUCCUGGAGCACUUGUGUAGGGCUGACUG